AUGAAGGCUCAAUCAAAUCGCCCGGGCAACAAGGUCGGUCAUCGCCGCUCGAAUUCACGUCAUAAUGGGAGUACAAACGGUUUAGGUGGGAGGGCUAGUCCCGUUGCGAGCAAUCCCAAAAGUUUAGGACUGGACAGUGCAGUAACUCUGGUCGACUCUGGUGACAACCAAAGUGACAAUAGGUUGAUUUACUUGAUUGCAAAGUCCGUUGGGAAAACAUGUGUUGUCACUACGACCGAUGGAUCUCGGUACCAGGGUUUAUUAGUGGCCACAGAUUUAUGGACCCCAAGCUCGCACUCGUCUUCUUCUGUGGUUAUCAAACAGCCUCAGUUAGUGGGUAAAAGCUUGAUUAAUGAGAAGAAUAACCUUGAUAAGAUGCCGGAACAUCUCGUUAUUCAGGCCAAGGACUUGAUUGACUUUGAAGUGGAUGUUAACAUCAAUGAGCCAAUCAAGCACUACACAAGGGAAGAAUUCAAGACUGAUUCUGAUAUUUCAAAUAACCCCGAGAAACUGAAAACCUUUGAAGAACGUGAAUUGGUUAAAUGGGAACCUGAAGAAGAGGAAGGAUUGCAAAAAUUGACCUUGGAGGAUGAAGCUACCACAAGGAAUGGAAAUUCACACUGGGAUCAGUUCAAGGUGAAUGAAGAAAAGUUUGGUGUUGAGAGUACCUACGAUGAACACUUGUAUACUACAAGAAUCGACAAGUCAGCUCCAGACUAUGAACAGCGUCUUGCACGGGCUAAUCAAAUUGCCGCUGAGAUUGAGGGACAGACAACUACUGACCGCCAUAUUUUGGAAGAAAGAGGUAUUCAAGUUGAUGAUAGUGGUAUGGACGAGGAGGAUAAGUACUCGGGAGUCGAUAGAAGAGGAGAUGAAUUGAUGGCCGCUUUGAAAUUGAAUAGUAAAUUGGCAAAAAGUGAACAACCAUCUAAAUCGGGCCAGGAUAAUUCUAGAUACGUAACUCCAAGACAACGCGCUGCAAACUAUCACAACGAUCCAGCAAUUGUCUCGAGUUCAGCCGCAAAUAACAAAAAUGAUAAAAAGGCGCCGGAUUCAGUUCCUGCAAAACCAUCAGUGCCAAACGAGUCGUUUAGACUCAAUGCACAAAGCGAAAUCAUCUCUCUCCGGGACUUUAGUGCAAACUUCGAAAUACCUCACAAGAUGCCACAAGACCUUUUACCUAUUUUGGCAAAGGACAAGCUUAAGCAGGAUGAAAUUUUGAAGAAACAACAGAAGCAGGAAGAGAAGCAAAAGGCACUGCAUGUGUCACUGGGUCACUCAACGCCACAAAGCAAGGAGCUGGUGCAGCCUUCACAAGCACCACUGGCUGCUACGCCGCUGGCUACUACACAGCCACAACUGUCCCACGUUAGACCUCAAGCAGAGAAAAAGACGCUGAAAACGUUCAAGCUUAAUCCUAAUGCAGCUUCUUUUACCCCAUCGCUUGCACAAAAUACCUUGGCAUCACCACCGAAAGCUGUGUUGAAUAAUCAAUUGCCAGUGCAUUCGCCACACGCAGCCAAUAACAGGACUUACUCAUCUAGCUCACAAGGUUCUUCCAAAAGGCAUUACCAAAUUUCUCCUCAAGACUUUUUUGGAGGCGUAAACAAAGUACCAACUCAAGAGAAACAGGCGCAAAAAUUAAAAGAGUUAAAAACCGGGUUCAACAUGUUCAAUACUACAAGAGCAAAGGCAGAUACUACUCCAGUUGUAUAUGAAAAGAGUUUUCAAACUCCACCAACGUGGGAUGCAACUAUUGAGGAGACACACGAGGCCCUCUUCCCAAGGCCCAUGUUUAAAUCCCCUUCGUUCAUGCCAAGUCCAAUGAUUGCGACGUCAGCACCAAUGCCGUACAACUUUCAGAUGCCUCCUCAGCCACAAUUUCCUCAACAGGUUGCUCCAAUAUGGUUCAUGCCGCCCCCACAAAAUUUCGGCAUGAUGCCAAACAUGUAUCAAAAUGGACAACCAGGAAGAAGAUUUAAAUAG